GUGAAUUCCGUGUGCAGCCGUUCAAAGAUCUGGUAACACUGCAAGAAAACGAAGCCGCGCUGAACGUUUUUGCCGACAAUUAACGCAAAAAACAAACCGAAAAGCCAAACAAAAAGACUUUCAAGCGCAUUUAACAAGCCAUAAGUAUAAUUCGCCAUGGCCCUUGUGAAGCCAAAAUCGGAACUGACCCCGGAGGAGCUGGCCCGCCAGGAAGAGGAGGAGUUCAACACCGGGCCCCUGUCCGUGCUCACGCAGUCGGUGAAGAACAACACCCAGGUGCUUAUCAACUGCCGCAACAACAAGAAGCUCCUGGGCAGGGUAAAGGCCUUCGAUCGGCACUGCAACAUGGUCCUGGAAAACGUCAAGGAGAUGUGGACAGAGCUGCCACGAACCGGGAAGGGCAAAAAGAAAGUGAAGCCUGUAAAUAAGGAUCGGUUCAUAUCGAAGAUGUUCCUGCGAGGCGAUUCGGUCAUCCUGGUUCUCAGGAAUCCAUUGGCCACGGCGGCCGGGAAGUAGUCUACCAUAGUGUAGCGUAUAGCAACCAGUAACCACCAAUUUCAGUCAAUAAAUCCGAAAAUCAAAUCCCUUCAUCAAGAAAAUAAGUUGUGUCGACAAAAAUGAUGGAUGAAUUGAAAGCGUGUGCUUUAAUUACGACUCAUAAUUUACGACGGAAAUUUUAAUAACAUUUUCGUUCCAACAGAAAUUAACGGUUGGGAAAUUAAUGUAUUAUUCCAAUUAAAAAUUUGUAAAAGAAAAGUA